AGGUUUAAAUAGCAGCUGGAUGAUUGACACCAGGUGUGGCCAGGUGCCAAUCAGCCGCAGCUGAGGGGAAGCAGCGCUCAGGGAGACAAUGAGGAAAUAACCAAAAUAAGAGCGUUGACAGGAAAUGACAGAGGAAAAACUAAAACUAGACUAAACUGUCAGGGACAAGCCUGACAUUCUGUUGAGUUUUGUGCCGACUGCCUUUUUCUUCUGCCAGGUCCAUUAGCACUUCUUUCCUUUUCUACUUGACAUUUUACACUCGCAGUAGAUAAACUUGGCUCACUCCUUGUCGGCCUGAUAUUUUAUUUAUUUGGCGCGCUGCGCGGUGCCGCUACUUCCCAUGAUGCAUUGCGUGAUGAUCGCGUGGUCUGGUGGCAUAGCGCCUUCGGCGGUUCCCAUGGAAACAGAGACUCAAAAACAUUUGCCAAACGUCGUCAACACGCUUUAAAGGACUUCAAAGCUCUUUACUGACAUGGUAUUGUAGCGCGGUGAGAAGAAAGGGCAGAAAAGAGUUGAGUUUAAAAUCGUGGUGUAUGUAGAUAUAAAAGUUGAUUGUACAUAAAAAGGUGUAAAAAUGAAUCGAGGCAAAAUAAUUAUCAGUAAGAAGGUAGGCUUGAACAAGCCGGACAACGCUGCAAAAACGUGUCUGAAUCAUAACCUGAGCAGGAGUCAACAGUACAAGAUGGUGGUACACCGACGCGCCCAAGAAGAACACAAGCAGCUGGAGGCCUCGCGAGUGGACCGUGACAGGCAGAUGGUGGCCGCCAUGAAGGAGGAGGAGAACGUCGACAGUAAGAGGUUCCUACGACAGGUGCAGGAGGAGCAGAAAGAGAGGGAGAUAGAGAGCGUCAUGAUACAGGCCCAUACUGAGAGAAUAUUAAGAACAAAGCAACUUGAACAAGAGGAAAGACUCGCCAAAGAGCUGGCCCGUAUCAACCAAGAGAGGCAAAGAGAACAAAAGAUGAGGCAGUACAUUAGAGAUAACAGCAUUGAGCUACGAGAAUUAGAGUCCAAGUUGAAACUGGCUUACGUGAACAAGGAGCGAGCUGCACAGAUGGCAGAGCAGGAAGCUAUAAAGACUGAGACAAUGCGCCAAAAUGCGGAACUUGACAGCAAAAUGCAGAGCGACCGUGAGCAGGCAGCCAUCGAAGAGCAGAAUAUGGAGCAGAAAAAACUGGAGGAGCAGCUUGAAUAUCAGCGAGAGCUGAGCCUACAGCUCGUGGAGCGAGAGCGUAAGAGACAAGUGGCGUAUGAGGACUUCUUAAAGGAGAAGCUCAUGGUGGAUGAGAUAGUCCGCAAGAUUUACCAAGAGGAUCAAAUGCAGCAACAGAUGAAACUGGAGAGGGUGCGAGCCACCCAGCAGCACAUCGAGGAGUUCCAGAGGCAGCAAGCUGAGUGGCGGCGCUUGGAGAAAGAAAGGAUGGAGGAGGAGAACAGACGCAUCAAGGAGUUUGCCAGCAAUCAGCAGAAGUCGGCAGAGGACAGGAUGGCCAAGAUCAGAGAGCGAGAAGAAGCAUUACAACAUCUGAGAGACACGCUUGCAGAGCAAAUUAAAGAGGAGAACAAACAGCGUGAAGAGAUGGAGAGAGUCCGCGAGGAGCUUUGUUUAGAGGAACAAGAAGAGACGUACAGGAGGCAAGAAAUUGAAGAGAUGGAGAAAAAUAUCAGACAGAAGCUGAUGAUGCAGAGGACCUGCCAGGAACAAAUGGCUAUGAAGGAGAUGCGUCGACUGGCAGAAAAAGAGGAAGAGGAGGAGUUCCGCAAAACGAUGAUGGAUAAGUUUGCGGAGGACGACCGCAUAGAACAGAUGAACGCCAAAAAACGACGCAUGAGGCAACUGGAGCACAGGCGUGAGGUGGAGAAACUGAUAGAGGACAGACGGCAACAGCUGGAGGCCGAUAAGGAACUGAAGGCCAAAGAGGCCGCGAUGGAAGAGGAGAGGCAGGCGUUCUGCAGACAGGUCAUAGAAGAUGAGAGGCAACGACUUCUCAAACGUCACGCUACAAAACUUCUUGGACACUUCCCGAAGGGUUUGCUUCGUGAAGACGACCUGAAGCACUUCGAUGAAGAAUUCAGAAAUAACUUCAAGAUACGUCAGGCAGAUAACUCAGAAAAUGAUUGAUUUUUGAAGCUUUUAUUUUAAGUUUCAGACGUUACAAACUUCUUAUGGCUGAAUGAUGGCAAUCCUUUCAUGACCAACUCAGGGUACACAUGUAUUACCUGAUGCCAUCCUACAGGAAAGCUAGAAUUGUCGUGCAAUUGCAAUCUAUACAGCCACAGUAAUAAAAAUAUUGUUAAAAAGAAUCUAGUGCCAGUCAAAACAACAUUUUGUAAUGAUGAGAUUUAUUGAUCAGGACAUACUGCAAAAAAGAGCUGUCAAAAUACAAGAUUAAAAAGACUAAAUUUUAGGGAAAAAAUACUAAAACCUUGUGAAAUUAACUAGCUGCAUGGACAGAUAAUUUUACUUGAUAAGACAUUCUAAAUUAAUAUUUGUAUAGCAAUUAGCAAUACUUUUCAGAUAGAAAUAAGUAUUUUAGCUUUAAAACAAGCAUUAUUCUGAGGUGGCGACUUGUCCAGGGUGUACCCCGCCCUCCGCCCGAUUGUAGCUGAGAUAGGCUCCAGCGCCCCCCGCCACCCCGAAGGGAGUAAGCAGUAGAAAAUGGAUGGAUGGAUGGACAAGCAUUAUUCAACAAGCAAUUCUUAAUUCCAGUAUCCUCGAAAUGUUGCAGAAUAUUUAAAACAACAUUUUCUAUGUGGGGACCAAAAUAUCUUAUUUGAAUAGUUAUUAUUAUAGUUAUUAAUAUCAAUUUUUUUUCAUUCUGUUUUUACUAAAAUAGACAAAAGAAAUAAGUAAAUAAGCUCUAAAUCUUUUAAAUCUUGGCAAGUGGCAAAUAAUUUGCAGUGCACCAAGACUUAAAUGUCAUGUAUGUAGAAUGUGUUGGGCAGUCUAGAAGGCUGAAAAAGAUGGCGGCUUGGAGAUGCUGCCAACUAAAACAGAGACUAUUGCAGUGUCACACGUUCCUUUAUUAUGAGGCCAGCGUAUUACACCAAUAUGGAAACAGUCCACAAGUAUUUAGGUCUUGCCCCAAUCCAAGGCUUUCAUGAACUCCUCCUCUGUGAAGGACAGCAGCUUGGCAGCUUCCAGAUGCAUCUGCACACCAAUAUACCAUACUCAACUUUUAAGCUUUUUUUGCCAGAGUAGAGAAACUCACCUUUUGUCUUUUGAGAACAUCAAUCAGUUUGAAUUGUUUCUUCAACCCGAUGAUGAGCUCUGUUUUCUGCCUUUUUAGCAGUUUGUUUUCUGCUAGUAAAUUUUCACGAUUCUGAUGCUCCUCGUUUGUCUUGUCCUUGAUUUAUGAAAAAUAAAAAGUUGUAAAAC